GUGUUAUGAAAAAGGAUGGUUUUUUUUUCGGUUUUAAACAGUCGUUUAAUUUUCAAUAAUUACUAUUUAUUAAACUCCAUACAAAAAAAAAUUCGUUAGAUUAAAUGAUUCAUUCAAAAAGAGAAGAAAAUCAGAAGGGAAGGAAAAAAAUGAACGUUAUAGUUGAAGGCAAUGGAGGUGUAGGGAAGUCGACUAUUCUUUCGUAUUUUCAAAAGUUUCCAGAUGUCUCGUGUCACCACGAACCUGUCAAUAAAUGGUCCAAUUAUUACGGGCAUAAUAUGUUGGAAUUGUAUUACCGGGAUCAAAAUCGAUGGUCAUUUCCGUUCCAAGUUAUGGUGCAAAAGACUUUUCUAGAUCUUUAUGAUGAUGACAAAGAUUUGCCAAUCAAAAUAUACGAACGCUCCCUAUAUGCCAGUUUCAACGUUUUUGGCAAAGCUAUGAAGGAAAGUAACUUCCUGAACGAUAUCGAAUACACGAUACUAACACAAUUUUACGAGCUUCACUGCAAACAUUUGUCCGGAAAAUUCGAUUUAAUCGUAUAUUUAAGAUUGGAUCCAGAAAUUUGCUAUCAAAGAAUGACGCAACGAGCGAGACCGGAAGAAAAAUGUGUUAAAAAAGAAUUUAUAUACGAUUUACACAAAUAUUACGAAGAAUGGUUAUAUGACCGUACGGUUCCAGGGUUUGACAUUCCAAUAUUGAUUGUCGACGCGAAUAUCAACAAAAAUCAAUUGCAAAUUUUAGCUCAAGAUCUUCACUCUCAAUGGGUUCAAAAAUAAUUUUUACCCAAUCGAUUAUCGCUAUAAUCGUUUUUAAUUAGAAAUGGGCAUUAUUAGUAGAAAUAUUAUUAUUGUUUAACUUAAUUAUUUUAUUAUUAUAUUUCUUUGACGAUAUUAAUAAAGGU